AUCUUUAGCCCCAAAAUCUUUAAAGAAUAAAACCCCUCUCGCCUUCACUUGUUUUUCUUCUUCUUCUUCUUCUAGAGUGAAAGCUUCAAAAUUAGAUCUUUUGAUCAAAAUAUAUUCUCCAGUUAGGGAAAAAGAAGAGUGAGAAGAAUAUUUAUUGAUUGUAUAAAGGAAGGAAGGAAGCAAGAAAGAUGUCAUCUUUGGGAACUUCAAAGGGAGUGUUGGAGAUAGCUAAGUUUGCAGUAUAUGUGAGUGUCCCGAUUGGGCUGAUGUACUUCUAUGCCAACAAUACCAAGAAUCUCCAAAAAUUCAUGGGAAAUCGUCAAUAUGUCGUCUACCCCCCUGAAGCACCACGACCUCCAUCACCAGAGGAACUAAGAGAGAGGGCACGGGAGUCGGCGCGGAAGAGAAACAACCAAUAAGUUUCUGGUUUUGUAAGUAACAAUAAUGUAGCUUCCAGUUGUAUCUCUCUCUGUCCUGUGUGGCAAACAAAUUUAGUCGAAUCCUCAGAUGUACACCGGAGAUGAAUGCGCUUGUCAUUUCUGAUGUUGUGUUGAUCUGUUUAACAUUCAUUUUUACUCC